UUACCUUGAUGUUAAAGAAACUUGAUUAGUUACUUGCAAUACAUUGCAACAUAUAUGCGUAAAGAUUGCAUGACUACUGGAUAUCGGGAAAGACUUGUGGAAAUAUAAGAACGCGGAAAUUUGUGGUUUUAUAGAUGUUAUCAAUACUUGGCAAUCAACAACUGAUGUAGGCAAAGUUUAUAUUAACGUUUCUAUUUGUUUUGCAUGCGAUUUAUUAAAUGUUAUUUGAAAUAAAGAAUUAGAUUCUCUCAUUAAGUCUAUUACAAUUUUUAAAUUAAAGAACAUAAGAAUUAGUUAUAUAUUUUCUAUUCUAUAAUAGAUUAAUGUCUAUUAACGUUACAUUUUCUCAUUUUGUUUAUAUUUAUCUUUAUCUGUUCAAAUAGUUUAAAUGUAUCAUCUCGAACGGUUCAAGAAUUCUCGAUUGGAAUAAAUUUCAAAAAUAAGCAUACUCUCAUGUGUAUACCGCACUACUUCGCCUAAUAAUUUAUCACGGUUUGUAUGCUCUUAUUGUGAAUACAAGAAUAUCUCUUCUAAUUCCUAUCUUAGUUUCGUACGCAUCAGUUCAUCUCGCUUUUAUUUUAAUAGCAAGAAUAGAUAUCUUACUAAGAAUCCGCCAUGAACCGCAUCUCUACACUUGCCGUGGACGCGCAUGCGCAGUAUGGCAGUGCACGUUGGUGCAUGUCGGUGUGCACAGUGGUGUGGAAGGCGGUAUUUUGUUAAAAAAAAAAAAAUUGGCGGUCUGGUUGGGUUAAAAAUUGUGCAAAUGUUAUUGACAAGUAAUUAAGAGUGCACCCAAAUGGAUCGACCAUCUGUUCCUGAUUACAACGAGUAAUAUGAACCACUGCAAAGCCAUGAAGAUGAGCUUCUCCUUAUCUUCGCUUCAACCGCUUAGCCAUGGCUUAGAUAAGCAUGGCAAUGCGGGGACAGCGAUAGAAAGACCAUAUAACAGUCUCACAAAGAAAAGGAAAGAUCCAAAGCAACUUUAUAGUCAACGUUUGUGGGCAAAUCGUGAGGAUUGUAAAGAUGACUUUUGGGCAGCGAUAAGGUCCAACUAUGAUUAUAUUAUGGACACUAAUUUAAUAGAUAGUUGUAAGGAAGCUAAUGGUGAAUUAAGUUGGGACGAGGCUGAUGUAUCUACUCAGUCAUGGAGCUUUAAGGAAAUUAGUAGUCAAUUCUCAGAAUUAUAUUCAUGGCUGAGGGUUCUUGAAGAACUAAUUUACUGUAAAGAAGAAAAUCUGUUGGAUAAAAGUCUGCGUGCGGCUCACAUGGAGGAGCUGCGACGUAGGGCGUAUAGACGAAAGUUAUUUAAUGAACAAGCUGGAAAAUUAGUGUCACGAGCCCCUGCUUUGAAAGAUGAAGUGGCGUGGCGUGUUGACCAUUUAAACGCAAAGUGGGAAUUAGUUGAGCAAAUUAUGGCACCUGUUGAGAGGCCUGUAUCUAAUCAGCAAGAUAUGUCAGCAGAUUUUGAACAUGAAGUAAAGUGUUUGAGAAAAUGGCUUCGUGAGAUGGAGUCGCGUCUUCAGCCUUUGAGUUUCCACGUGGACUGGACCUUAGCGGAAUUGGAGGAGAAAGCAGUGGAACAUAUGGUGCUCCAACGAGACAUUGAGGCGCACGGUCGCAUCGUCAGCUCGGUGGUGAAAUUGGGCGACAAGGUUUUCGCGCAACAGCAAGAACAACAGCAACAGGAGGAACGGGAGAAAGAGACGAGAAAAGAACAACGGGAACAACGCGAACCCCCGCAAGCUUUACGAAUCGCGAGAUCACUGGAACGCCGUUGGCAUUUGCUGUUUCUACGUGCCUUGGAAUGGCAAUGUCACAUCGAGACGCUUGUAUCUCGCAUAAGCAGCAAGAACGUGGUGCCAUACCGUUGCAGUAGCGACAGCGACGAGGAGCCAGUCACGAAGCAGCCUCGACUCAGCCGCAGACAUUCGCGAGGUUCUGGAAGGGAAUCCCCGGGUCAGUCGGCUCGUUCAACGCGCUCGGACCGCUCGAAUCGUUCGAACCGCUCGAAACGCCACAAAGCCACGAGAUCGCGAUACUACGAGGAUUCAGCCGCGAGCAAAGCGGACCUAUCCGACACCGACGCGUCUUCCGAGAACCGAUCGAUCGGCGAUGGAUCCUACUUCGAGGAUGAAUUAUGCCAGUUGUGUGUGAUGGACGCAAAGUCCGAGGGAACGGAAAAUCCCCAGGAAACGGUGAAUCGAAUCGCGUCCAGUUUGGGCGACCAGGGUGAAGAGGGUGACAUCGAGGAGGACGCUGUAAGCGAAGAGGACGAAGAAGACGAAAUGCCACCGACACCCGACACCGUACCGAUGACAAAUUCCACGGCCAUCGAGGAAAACUGCGAUCAAAUCGACGGUCAGCCGGCAGGAAACGUUGAACAAUCGAACAGUAAUAAUCUGAUCGCAAACGAGCCAGUGAAACGUCGCAGAACGACUGAGGAGGUCGCCUCUUUUAACACAUCCGACAGGAAAUCGAAGAAUUGCGCGACCUUCUACUUCAAACACCUGGACACCGACUCGGAGCAGAACGAGGAGGCGGCGAUAGCUGCCGAAGACUCGUCGGAAGAGGAGUGGACGUACACUUCUUCACGAGCGAACGACGUUUCGGAGCAACGGGAAACGAACGUGCUGGUGCGUCUUGAUUUUGGCGAAUCGCAGUCGAACGACAACGCGCAGGAGAAAAUGAAGACAGCCGAGAAAGCAGUCCGUGAAUCGGUCCUCGGUAUGGCGAACGUCGAGGAGACAUCGAACGAUACCGACGCGUCCUCUCGUCGCGAGAAGGACAGUGACGACGAAACGAAAAACGACAAGACGAGCAUACAGAGGCUGAUCAAGGAGGUAGAGAAAUUGGUCGGCGAGGAGAGGCGUACAGGAGCGUGCAAGACGUUCCCUCCGCUCAUACUGGACGAUAAGGGUAUAACGAAUAAUCAUCGUGCCAAGUACGCUCGAAUAAAGGAGUGGUUGAAAUUGAACUCUGCUCGAGGACACGAUGGACGAUCCACGUCACAGCCGUUGGAUAGUUGCGAUGCGAGCGGCGAGUACACGACCGAAGAAUCCGACGGGGAGAGGCAGUCGGUUUCGUCGGAGGAUCUGCAGAGCAGUGUGGCAACGUAUCGGCGAUUCGAAGGUGCACUUGGCUGCACGUCUCAGUCGGUGUCGCAAGAGAUAUUCGACGAGGCUGAAAGGACGCCGAUCAACGAGGCUCAUCCGAUGCUGGACUCGAGCACGCCGAAAGUCGUGAUGAGAUCGAAACAGAAAUCGAACGGUCCCAGACCGUGGAGUGUGUCGUGUAUAUCACAGAUCGGCAAUAACGCGAAUCUGAAUCAAACGAACGACCCGAUUUCGCAAUUCUCCAUAUCCGAGACAGCGCUUCAUCAAUUGAUCGCUACUCCUCCGACCAAAUCCGUGUCCUUAGAUGCCACAGGAUCACGGAAGUCCUUCAACAACUCAACGUCCACGUUAUUGGAGGAGUCGAUCAUUUGUCACGAUGGCCGGGUGGUUCGAAACAGUUCAUUGCGUAGGAAAAAGAGCAGAUUGCGCAAGAAGAACUUGGGCCGCAAAAGCGAUUCCAGCUCGGAGGGUGUAAACGCGAAUCAAUCGGCCGGAAGCGACGGUAGUUCGUCGAAUCAGCAACGUUCGCCACGGAAAAUGAGCGGAAGCCGCGGUAUUCGUACGAUCUCGAGAGAUUGCCACGGUCGUUUGACCACCCUCGUGAAAUCCGGUUCGUUCUCCGGGUGCACGUCGCAUCAGCAGUUUUCCACGGAGAGGACGAUCGUCAGCGACCCGACUCCACCGUUCCGGUUACCUUGCUGUACCUCGGUCGCUUCCACGUCCGAGACCGAGCCCGAAGAGCAACGUAAUUGCACGCGAAGCUGUUUCGCCUACGACGAGAAUCUGUUGGAUACCGUUCUGAGCAACAAGGAGCUGUGCAACCAGCAACUGAACGUGGACAGCGACGUCGAGAUGAACAGCCUCGGGAACAACUCGUUCUCCGAGCAGGCUUGGGAUAAUUACCAGGAAAAAUAUAUGAGCGAGCCGUACAGCGAAGCACCCGACGUAGAAACAGCACGAAGAUUGUUGGACUUUGGCGACGAUUACCGAAACUUCCUCGACAGUCAAUCCGACUGUGCAUCCAGUAUGAGCGCAGUUCCAACUAGCUCUCCGCUGCCUAGAAGUCGUAUGCAUCAUGAGAUAGUCGAUACGACGGAAGACAGCGACAGCGACGUAGAGGAUAUCCGGAACGUGGUUGAAAAAUCACAAUCUCAGUUGACCCUCGCUGAAAAUCUAUUCGCGAGGGCGAACAAUGGAACGAUGCCGGAGGAUUGCACGGAAGUGGAGUGCGCGUGUAGGGAAAAUUUACGGUGCCUUCACGCGUUAUUGGAGUCGGUCAGCAAUUCGUUCAGAAGUGAAAAGUACAUGAAACAAGUUCGUGGCAUGUUAGAGAAAUGGGAGUCCCUUACGACCAGAGUCGAGGAAACACAAAUGGCGAGCGCGCUUCAUCGCGAAUUGACAGCUUUGCAAACGGAAUUCAAAGCAGCACACGACAGGCUCUUCUCUUAUGAAAUCGCAUUGGAACAGCCGCACGUGUUAGAUGAGCGCAUCAAUCGUAUCACGGCUGAACUGGCUGCGUUGAGGGAUCGCAAGGCGGCGAUGCUGGCUCUGAACGUCUCCACGCACAGACUGAUCACCGAUCUCGGUAAUUCGGCCUCCUUGAUCUUCACGGCUCUCAAAGACGGCGUGGCGGAUCUCUAUCGUGUUUGGGACGAAACCUUCCAAAAGGGAAAUCAACAAUUGUGCGCCCUGCAAGCAGUCCAGCAGUUUAGUAUACGUUUGGCGGAGCUUCAGUGCGCAUUGCGAAGGGAUAAAGACACCCUUGCCGUUUUGGACGUCGCUCUGCAAGCAGGGGCCACGUCGGAAGUUGCUUCGUCAGUUCGUCACGUUGCCAGGCUGCUGUCCGAGAAACAGGACAUGAAUUGUCAGAACGGCACCGUGUUGAAAGACUCGAGCACAGAGGAGGUGAGCAGCGGGGCGUCGACGAAAUUCGGCGACUCCUCGCCGAUCAGUCUGACCCAGGAAGGUGGCUCGUUGUCCGACAGUGGCAUCUCCGACAGCGGAAGCGAGCAGGAGCUGAGCGAACGUGAACGAAGGCUGGCUGCUCUUCGUCGAUUAACGCGCAGUUUGGAGAAUCAAUUGGCACCGGGAAGCGAGGCGCUCGGCCAGCUUUGGAAAAGAGUCGAGGACACGGAAACGGAACUUCGUGAUCUUCAGAAACAGUGCCGGGAACUGAUCGUACGAACCGCGGCGAGUGUCGAAGCACGGGCCUCCAAGCGGACGAGCAACAGCCAGGUCCAUCACUACUCAGACAAGCGUAAAAAGACCAGCCCGACGGAGAUGGCGAGAGGAAAUUCGGAGCGGAUCACAAUGAUCGCUGCGAAAAGUGGCGCGACGGAUGCCGGGGAUCCCGACAACGAGCCAGGACUACCUCAAAGUUGGGUCUGGCGUAUCCUGAGGGCGGCAUUACCCUUUCAACUAGCUCUGGUCGCUCUAUUCUGUGCCGCUUGCCUCUUGGAACCUCAUUGUUGCGAGGCUGCCAACACUCUAAAUCUAUCUCUCACCCCUCAACUACGAUACGUUAGGGGACCACCACCGGUCUGAGCCACCCAACGCUCGACCAUUUGGGUGAACACGUUGAACAGAGCCGAAGCUCUAAUGAUAAACAGCGUUCGGAUCGAUUAAUUUCUCCUGUCACCUGACUUUGUAGCUUCGUAGAGAGAGAGAGAGAGAGAGAGAGAGAAAGAUGGAUUCGUUGAUCGCGAUCACGAACGCAGGAUCUAGAAAGGGGUGGUAGAUUGUUGUUAGACACGAGGAGCGCACGAUUUUCGGUAAAUCGAGCUAGCUGGUACACUGCCAACGUUGCCGGGUUAUUGAAAUUAUUAUCGAGUAUUUUACUUCGGUUCCUGUUUUUCAAUGAACCACUUGGGAUUUAUCGUAGACUGCAUACAGGGUGUUCUGUGCGGAAUUUGAACAAUACAUUAGAAAUAUUUUUCUAUUGAAUGUAUUAUAAUUAAUUCUUCGACAGGAAUUUAUCAAGUGCACUUUGCAAUUUUAUAUUGAUAGUAAAAAUGAUUAUAUUUUUGAUUUCUAGUAUUCAGAUUUUCUCAAGUUACUUCAAUGAUACAAUUUGUCCAAAUUCCACAGAACACUGCUUAAAAUUCAUGAAAUUUCAUCUACAUUUUUGAAGAAACACUUGAGAUUUGAUAUCUCAAUAAAUUGCACAAAACUAUCCUUUUUUCAUAUCGACGUUUACACACAUAUGUUUUAUCUUGUGUCGCAAGUUUGUCUGCCGUGUCAAUUUCAAAGCACCGUUGGCAUAAUUUUCGAUCCCGUCGCAUUCUUCGAAAUUUCCCUGAUUCACGCACUGCCAAACUUUCCUGUCAAUUGCUCGCAAGCUCAAAGAUGCGACGAGAGAACGAGUUUCUCUAUUAUCGAUGAAACCCUUGGACUUGGUUCCUCUUUUACAGACUGAGAUGCAACGACCUGUGCGAGGAAAAUGUGCGCUCGCUUGAAGUUGUGAUAUAAAAGAUAAAAAAAAAGAAUAGAAAAAAAAAUACACAAAUGUAAUACGUAAAAGUGAUUGAGGCGCGACGUAGAUAGAUGACAAUGAGCACUAGGUCAAAAAAAAGAGAUAAAUAAUGAUCAGUGAGGAUACUUUUUUUAUACGUUUUUACGAUAUUUAUCUUUUGUGCAAUUGCAUUCGAAACGAAGAGGAUAAAUAAAUUUAUCCAAAUGCAGGAUCAAAUGCAUUGAUCUUCGAAUAUUAAUAGAAACCUCUUCGAUAACGAGAGAUAAGGUUGAGAAGUAUUUAUAAAGAGAAAACUUUAUCUUCUAUGCAGAGAGCAUUUACAACGAAACGAAAAAUUGAUCGCUGAAUGAUCAAUAAUCUUUUCUAUUUGCAUAAUUAACGAGGUUUCGAAAGUUCACUAAAUAAGUGACGAUUUUGUUAUAUAGUAUAAAUAUUUAUUUAUAUAUGUUGCAAAUUAUAUAUAUACAUGUAUUAUUAUUGUUCAUAAUUUAACGUCAAUCACGAUGAGGUGACAUUUAUGGUGUUGCUAGGGAAACAGAUAUACCGGAAACUCUGCUGAAGUGCAGACGUUUCCUUUCGAAUCAUUUGCAUGCUGAUGUUGAAUGACAGUAAUAUCGUUUUGUUGUUUUCAAUGAUUUGUUUCUUUUGUUUUUUUUUUACGAUGGCUGUUUGCAGCUUACGAGAACAAAGGGGGUGGCAUUAAACAAUGCCACCUUGGAGGUUGCGAUGGGAUUUCAUUUAAUAUAACCAGAAAAAAAAUUUUUUCAUUUUUCAUUUCUUUUCCUUUGUUAUUAAUAGCGUAAUUAUCAAUCAAGAUUGUAUUAAAUGAAAUUCUUUCGCGCAGAUAUCUUUGGGUUAUCUUUUUGCUCGUUGCAAACGGCCCAAAUGCUUCGAGGCCAAAAAGAAACCCUCGAUCAUUCUGAUUCGCAGCCACGCAAGUCUCUGCAAUUCUAAUGAAACUAACAUCGGACUGACAGGUUCGUGCGACCGGUCCCCAGUGAUAAUUUCAUUAAAAUGCCAGGCGAUGUCGUGUUCGAUAUCGUUUACGUAGCAUCUUCUACGUAGAAACUUGGCUCGCGACCUUCUGAUUUCGAAGAACCUUCGAGUUCUCUCGAAUUCCAUCGACAGAUAUUUUUUUUUUUUUUUUUUAAUCAAUCCACUCACGAAGAGUCGCUUGAGUGUUGCAUAAUAUUUGCUCUUCGUGAGUACACUUACGAGUAAAGGUUGAUAAGGGUUGUUUAUGUUUCGAUGAAAACACACCCUUUUGCAGUAUGAUUCCUCUGCAACGAGGAUCAUGGGGGUGAAAAGAAGAGCUAAUUAAUGCUCGAUCAAUGAAUAUAAAUAAAUAGGGGGAGGAAUGAUGAUAAUUGAAAGGUGUGAAGUUGUACAUUGCACCAUAGGAAUGGUGUUAGAGUUAGGGGUAGGUUUUCAUAGGAGUUAAAGGAGAACGUUUGAAAAUCAUUUCUAUAUAUUUUGCAUGAUACAGGAUUUUUAUUCUUACGACUAUUAAAUUGUACAAUGGUUUGAUGGUGUUUCAUAAUAUGUAUACAGGGUGUCCUUUUUUAAUCAAUUAAUAAAAUUGCACCUUGACUUUGGAUUUUUAUUUAAAAAAGUUUUCACUAUUUUUUAUACAAUUUUUCAAGAAAUCAUCUGAGUGAUAUUUUAAGUGAUAAAAAUUUAUAUUUACACAUGAAUUUUGAUUAAAAUGGAACACCCUGUUUGUAAGCUUGUAUAAAGCUCGGACAGUAGAUUUUUAUCGAUGAUAGUUGCUGAAUAUCGAUUGCUGUGAUUAUAUCGAUAUGCUAAUCGGUCUUCGAUAAAGGCAAUAAUUAAUUUGAUCAGUUUGAUGACUGCACGAAAUAUCGAGUGAUAGAGGAUAACCGGUGAUCAAAAAAUCGAUGAAAAUUUGGAAUUUUAUUUUUCUACAUUUUAGAGGAUAUUCUUAUUUGUCAAAGCUAACGGGUAGUUUACAACACUGGUUCAGUGUUUGCUUUUUAACGAACGUUCACGACGAUUCGUUUGAUUUUCAGCUCGAAACACCGAGCUUCCGUUUCGUCUUCUGUGCCGGAUGGUUUUUUUUUAUGAAAAGCACAGCCGUUUUGAAUUCUCCAAUUCGCAUACUUUUUAUAACUUUUAAUAUUCGAAAAGUGUAAGAUAAACUAGAGAGGUGAAUAAUUCAUGUAAAUAUGUGCGUAUAUAAAACAAACGAAUUAAUCGCACCUAUAAGAUCGAUCAAUAUUUUUUCUAAACAAAAAAACAAAAAAAAAAGAAGAGAAACAUAGGCAUUAUAUCAUUUCGUAGAGGGAAAGGAAAUUAGAGAGGUCUAUUUUGUGAGAUAUUUUGUUAGGGAAAGGGAUUGUAGGCGAUAAGAAGAAACUUACUCGUAUUCGUUCAAUUUUAUUAUUAGAAUAUACACAAUUAUCAUAUGCUUCGAUGUGAAACGUCUGAAACACUGAUGAUGAUUUUGCUUAUAAAUUUUCCAAAAAUUAUUUCAACACGCCUUAAAGAUUUGCGGGGCUAUCGCGACCCCUAUAAUCCAAGGAAACAUAUCGAAAAAAAGAAUAGAGCAAGAGAAAUAAAAUUUUUUCAGAAAAAAACGAACGAUUCGCCAGAGUUGUUAGUGUGAAGGCUUUCGCAGUUGAUGCACGAUGCUUACCGUGUAAGCGUACACGUUUACGAGUGUGUUUUGUGUUUAGCAGUAGCGAUAGUACACCUCUGCCGGACCUUUCUGGCAGAAUGUAUCUUGUUCACGAACAAGAGGAGUCCGUGAAGUUUGCAAGUAGGAUUUUUAUAUUCCCGCAGACUUUGACCGACAGUGUGUAAACUUGGCUUGUAUUAACUCGCCUUGGUUAACAUUAGUGGAAACCGUGAGAACAUUACCAGAAAACGGUUUCCCAAAUCGAUCAACCUGAUCGAAACAAAUCAAUCGUAACGUUGCUUUACGAUGAAAGAUACAUGAAAGAAAGAAAAAAAAAAAAUAAGAAAUGUUGGAUAUGAAUAUUUCUUCCAAGACGAUGCAUGCUUGAAAAAGGAAAAAGAUAAUGGAAAUGGAUGAGCGAAAUAAUGGGUCGCAUUCGAUGCACCCAUUUUUUUUAACGUUGUUGUACUUACGUGUUUUUGACGAUACAUUUACACGUAGAUUCACACAAACUUACACGCAUACAUACAGACACAACUUAACAGCUAGUUGUAUUCUUUUGCAUACCUGAUUUUUUAUUAAACGAACAAUCCCGUGGGAUCGAAGGAACUUCAUCGAGAUCAGUAAAGAUGACGACCCCCUUCGGUGUCGUUAAACAGAGAGAACUUAAGAAACAGAGCGAUUUUCGUCGCUGGAUAUACCGUUCCGUAAUAAUUCUUGGUAAUUAGCCUGAGGAAUUGUUGAAGUUCAUGGAUCGAUAAGAUACAGCAUUAAACUACAAAAAUUUAAGACGGUAUUUAAAAAAGAAGAAACAUUUAGUCCAUUAAAUUGCACUGUUACCAUUCAUCCUCUAUAUAUAAUAAUUAAAUUGUUCUAAUUAUUCUACGUCAAAAAUCACUCUGUUUAUUUAAGUAUAGUGCUAGAAAAUUUUCAUGCACUUUGAAGGAUCCGUCACAGGACAUCCUGUUACGAGGUUCGCUUGAUUUAAGUCCUUGUUCAUCGAAUUUAGAUUUUCUUAUCUUCUUUAGUGACUAAGAGCCAAGAUUUUUGGCAAAAAAUGGUUACUGUAGAAUGACGAAGGAAAAACUGGAAUCGACGAACACGAGGCUUGCCUCACCUGCCUUAUUUACCUAUGAUAAUAUGUAUAAAGUACCUGAGAAAUCAAAAUAAUUACUUAUAUAUCUAUAUACGUAUGUAUACAUUGAAAGAGAAUGAUUUUUCCGUUUCAAUCUCGAUCGUGUCGUGCUUGCAACGAGCUUGGUUUUUCUCGCGAAAUGUAUUCAUCUUUGCGUUGCUAUUACGACUAUUUAGAUUCUAAUUUGCAUGCGGUUUUUACGUUUAACGAAUGCUACGAUAUAAGGUCAGUGGACGAACGUAUCGUUAUGUAUUUUGGGGGAAAAAUCGAUAAAAAUGAAAAAAAUGGUAUAAAGGAUAUGAAUUUAUGUACGUUUACCUGCAGCUGCAGGUUCUAUUAUACGAUAAUUUAGAUUUUUACAGCGGCUUGCAGUUUCGAUUUCUAAAUUUAAUUUCAUGGUAAAAUUUUAUGGUAAAGGAAGAAACUGCAGGUCAUUUUUGCAAGAAAGUUUGAUUUGAAAUUUCUACUUUCGUGAGUAUGAUGCCUCGUUGGAUUUUUGCGUCUUACUUAAAAAUUAACCCUCCAUGAACCGUUUAUUUGAGUAGUAUUAUUGAUCAGUAUAUAUUUUAUUUUUCACAAGUAUUUUUUACCUUUCUUGACAGACAACGAGUAUUCAUUUCUUUUUGGACUUUGGUUCACGGAGGAUUGAACUUGAUUGUAUUGAUGAAAUUCAAUUACAUUCAUCGAAGACGCGAUCGAAUUUAAUUAUCGAAGUUUUAUAUUUUAUUUUGUGACUUUGGCGCGGUAAUUUUGAGUAAUUGCAUGACACCUUAGGACAAUGAGUGGAAAUCAACAUUUAAGGUUUUUCUUUUUAAAUUUAUCCAUAGAUUUCGCCCACAGGUUUUCUUCGACUAUUAAUGUGUAAACUUUGCGUCAAUUACAGCGCCGAAUUCUAUUACCGUAAGGAAAACACGUUCGUUCAAAUUUCAGAAUUUAAUUAAUGAUUUCCUCAUUUUUUUACAAGUUUCAGAUUUUGAUUUUCUGAUAGAUUAAAAUAAAAAUUGCUCAUACAGUGAUUAAAGAGAGAUGAAAAUUUCAACAUUGAACGAACGCUUUUCCAUAUGGUUUCUCUUACUGUUUAUUUCUCUUAGAAUAAGUAGCAUUAAUUUUAUUUGCUCAGACUUGCGCGCGAGUUUGCCAUUCACUCCAUUUCAGAUGUACCGCUCCAUUCGUAUGAAAUUUUUUCACUCCAUUCAAUCAUCGUUCACGCAUCAUUGCAUCUAUCACGUUCUAUACUUGUAUUGAAACAGUACCGAUAAUAUUUUCUACAAUUACCAAGUAUUCUAGUGUAUUUUGGCACUGUGGAGAAAUAAAUUACAGUUUUGGACAACA